AUGCCCACGACCCCCCGCCAAUCCACCUCUCACCCUCCCAUGCCUCCCCCGCCGGCCCAUCAUCAUCAUCAGCAGGGGGCCACGCACCCCCCGUCCACAUCAGCAUUCAUCACCCCCCUAACCUCCCCCGCCACCGGGUCAGGGGCGGGUCUUCCCAACUUCCCCUCCCAAGCCGCACCCUCGCACCUCACCGCCAACGGCCUGAACAUCAGCCUCCCGGUGCCCGUCCCCUCUCUCCGCAGCCGAGAAUCCACCCGCGCGACGGACCGCACCGACGCGCUCUGGGCCGAGAUGCAAGCCACGCUGGAGGCGGUGGAACUGACGGCCGGGGGAAGUAGUGGCGGUGGUGGUGGUGGUAGCGACACAGCGCGUACGAGCACCGCGCGGGUUUUCAGCCCGGAUCACGAGCGCAAGCUGGACGAGCUGCGGGCGGCACAGAUUGCGUUGGCGCAGGCGUGGGCGCGGAGCGAGGCCGACGAGGCGAUUGAGACGACUGCUGCUGCCGGUGCGGGUGCUGCUGGGGAGGGCACGGUGGGCGGUAUGUCGGAGGGGAGGAGUGUGGUCACGGCUGGGACGGGGAGUGCGAGGCCUGGGAGUAGUGGGCUGGGGAUGGGUGGUGCUGGUGGUGGUGGGCAGGAGAGGUUGGGGGGGGAAGAAGGUGGAGGAGGAGACUGA